AUGCAACCUGCGUUGGCGCCAGCGCCGCAUCCCAGUAUGCAAUCUUCUGCUCAGGACCACGCGGACCAGGUCCUUCAUGACCAACUUCUGGCCGCUCAGCACCAGCUGCAGAAUGCUCGCCAUCAGGGUGGCCCGGGCCCUCAGCAGCAUAUGGCACCAAACACUGCCAGCCCGCGCGACCAAACUAACAUCGACCCUGCUAUCUCUGGCGCCAUGAUGAACGCUGCUCCCCCACAGACCCCUAGUCAGCCUCCUCAAGGUUCGCCAGAAGAUGACAGCCCCAAAUCAUACGGAAAGCGUGAACUCUCAACAUCUAAGCGUGCUGCGCAGAACCGUGCUGCUCAGCGUGCCUUCCGCCAACGUAAGGAGACAUACAUCCGUAAACUUGAAGAUGAGAACAAAAACAUCGAUAGUUAUAAGGACACCAUCUCUAAACUCAUUAAUGAGAACUAUGCUCUACGAGACCACGUUAUCAACCUGCAGACUCGUCUGAUGGAGGCCCAGGUUGAAGUACCAGACCUGCCACCAAACAUUGAUUUGACCCAGCAGCCUCGUCAUGACCUGGCCCUUGCUGGUCUUUCCGCCGGUGGCCCUGGUUCCGUACCCCAACCCGGUGGCCCGCAGUCCCAACACUCUAGCAGUGUCAACGAUGACAUGAACUCUUUGAACCGCAUCGCCGUCGCCGGACUAGGAAUGCGAAAGCACCCCGAUGAGACCAACUUCAUGGGCAACGCUUUCCAGCAGAACAAGCGCUCGCGCAGUGACGAGAACACCACGGAUCCAGACCUCGUCUCUAAGCAGGAGCCUAAUCCACAUGGCCUUCCCAUGGCUUAA